UGCGAAAUCAAGGGCUUUCCCCUGUUUACUAUCAUUCUCUUUCUCUUUCGUUUCUGUCUCUCUCUGGUUUUCUUUCAUUUCUGGGAACAAAGAAAAUAAAUAAAUAAAAUCCAUAAUGCACAACUUUAAGAUUUUUUAAAUAAAUGUUUUUUGCUCCGCGGCACAAAACGGUGCGUUUGAUUGAGGCUGAAACUUUUCAGUUUCUGGGUAAUGCUUCCUCCUUGAAAUUUUCCUCGUUCAUUCGCAGGUUCUUCCAUUUCGGAGCUCUUAGAUCUCGGUUAUGUUGUUGUUGCUGCUUUUUCUGCAACUCAAGGUUGUGGUUUGAUGGAGAAGUGAUUUAUAUUUUUAUGUUUUAUUCUUUUUGGAUCUCGAGUUUAAGCUCCGACAAGGAGGUUAGGAUUUGUGUUAGGAGGUGAGAAUUAGGGAUUUUUAAUGCAUAUCGGGAAUUGAAAUCAAGGAGCUAGGGUUUUGGGAGAUGGCUUCUUAUCCUCCAUUCCAUUUGGAGGAUCAAACGGAUGAGGAUUUCUUCGAUAAGCUGGUUGAGGACGAUGAUGUCGACGAGGCACCUGUUGAGCCUGCCGCCGGUGAUGUACGCAACGAUUCUGAUGAUUCCGUGAAGGCGUUUGCAAAUCUGGCAAUUGACGAUGCCCGUGCCGAUGCUGCAUUUGAGAAUUCAGGUGUCUGCAAGAGUGGGAUUGAGCUGAAAAGAAAAGACGAUGGCAAUAAAUCCGAUGUGGGAACUGUUAAAGGAAAUUAUCAGAAGGAAGGUGAUGUUGUCAAGAGUGGGAUUGAGCUGAAAACAGCACAUGAUGCCAAUAAAUCCAAUGCGGGAACUGUUAAAGGAAAUUAUCAAAAGGGUGGUGGUGUCGGCAAGGAUGAGAUUGAGCUUAAAAGGGAAUGUGAUGCUGAUAAAUCUAAUGUGGAAACUGUUAAAGGAAAUUAUCAAAAGGUAGGUUCUUUGGUGUCUUCAAGCGAAGUAACUGCAGAUCCAGGAAAUCAUGAAAUGGGAUGGGGAGUUACAAAGGAUUUGAGUGUGGGCAAAGGCAACGGAGCCACCAGUCUGGGAAUUAAGGAAGUAGAUUGGAAUGCUUUUUAUACCAAUUCUGGCGGGGGAGAGGGUUAUUCUGAAUUUUUCAGUGAUUUUGGGAAUCAAUCUGGUGGGGAUUUUGCUGAGAAAGCAUAUGGUGAUUCUAACGAUGAGGUGAAACAAGAUAAUGGGAUUCAAUGUGAUGGGCAAUAUCAAGAGGGUCAAGGAUACGAUGCAUCUCUUGAAAAUAGCACAAGUGGGCAAGAUGUGCAGGAUUGGGAAAAUCUUUAUCCUGGAUGGAAGUAUGAUUACAAUACUGGGCAAUGGUAUCAAGUUGAUGAUGUGACGGCUGCGACUCAAGGAAGCUCUGAUGCCAAUUCAGCAGUGGCAGCAGGUUGGGCCGCUGCUUCCGAUGCUACAGCAGAGGUCUCCUAUAUGCAGCAAACUUCUCAGUCAGUUUCAGGAACAUUGGCUGAAACUGGAACUGAAAGUGUAUCUAGCUGGAAUCAGGUUUUGCAAGGGAACAGUGGGUACCCAGAACAUAUGUAUCUCGAUCCUCAGUAUCCUGGUUGGUACUAUGACACAAUUGCCCAAGAAUGGCGCUCAUUAGAUAGUUACAAUUCAUCAGUUGAAUCCACAGCUCAGGGACUGGAAAAUGGGCAUGCUUCUACCGGUUCUCUUUUGCAUACCGAUAAUAGUUUGUAUCCAGAAUACAGUCAAGCUGGCAGUUACGGCUCACAGGACAUUGGUGGCCAAGCAGCUGGGGAUAGUAGCUGGAGUGUUUCGUAUGGUGUUAACCAUCAGCAGGGUUGGGAUCCAUACAAAACUGAGAAUGCUAAUAGAAGUGGGGAUCAUGUACCAUCUGUUGGAAACAAGCAAUUUGAUCAUUCUUAUGGCUCAAAUGCUUCUGUAAACAAAGAUCAACAGAGUACUUCUAAUUCAUUUGGAUCUGUUCCUUUGUACAAUAAAGUAAAUCGCAAUCAUCAUCGGUCUGGUAGUUUUGAACCUCAAAGCUUUGCCCCUACUGCAGAUCUUGCUCAACAUUUAAAUUGUUCUAAUACAAUGUUUGAUGAGCACAAAAGUUUCUCAAGUGAUUAUGCUGAAAGUCAGAAAUCCUUUAGUUAUGCACAGCAAUCAUAUCAGGGUGGGCAUCAAUAUUCUUAUGCCCCUCAUGCAGGGAGAUCGUCAGCUGGACGUCCUCCUCAUGCCUUGGUAACCUUUGGAUUUGGUGGAAAACUUGUUGUAAUGAAGGGUUCUAGUCUCUCGAGCUCAUCAUAUGGUAGCCAGGAUACUGCUGGAAAAGGCUCAAUUUCUGUGUUGAACGUGAUGGAAGUUGUCACAGGAAGCAGGGAUUCUUCCAGCGUUGGUAGCAGCAGUGAUUAUUUUCAUGCGUUGACCCAGCAAUCUUUCCCAGGCCCUUUGGUUGGUGGCAGUGUAGGAAGUAAAGAUUUGUACAAAUGGAUAGAUGAGCGGGUUGCACGCUGUGGAUCAUCUGACAUGGAUUAUAAGAAAGGCGAAAGAUUGAGACUCCUUCUCUCCUUGCUUAAAAUAGCGUGUCAACAUUAUGGGAAACUACGUUCGCCAUUUGGUUCGGACAAUAAACAGAAAGAAAAUGAUACUCCUGAGUCAGCCGUUGCAAAACUAUUUGCAUCUGCUAAGACGAGUGGCCAGGAGUUCACUCAAUAUGGUGUGCUGAGACACUGCCUGCAAAAUUUGCCUUCUGAAGGACAAAUGCGGGCUACGGCUUGUGAGGUACAAAAUCUUCUUGUAUCUGGCAGAAGGAAGGAGGCUUUGCAAUGUGCACAGGAAGGUCAAUUGUGGGGUCCUGCACUUGUCAUUGCUUCACAACUUGGUGAACAGUUGUAUGUUGAUACUGUAAAGCAAAUGGCACUUCGACAACUGGUUGCAGGUUCACCUCUGCGAACGUUAUGCCUUCUAAUUGCUGGACAACCUGCUGAAGUUUUCUCUUCUGACAGCUCAACUGGGGGGGAUCCCAGUGCCUUUAAUAUGCCUGAGCAGUCUGCACAGCUAGGAUCUAAUGCCAUGCUUGAUGAUUGGGAGGAAAAUCUGGCUGUAAUAACUGCAAACAGAACCAAAGAUGAUGAACUUGUAAUUGUUCAUUUAGGCGAUUGCUUGUGGAAGGAGAGAAGUGAGAUCACUGCUGCACACAUCUGCUAUUUAGUUGCUGAAGCAAGCUUUGAGUCAUAUUCAGACACUGCAAGGCUCUGUCUUUUAGGGGCAGAUCACUGGAAGUUUCCUCGAACUUAUGCUAGUCCAGAAGCUAUCCAGAGGACUGAGUUAUAUGAAUAUUCAAAGGUGAUUGGGAACUCUCAGUUUAUUUUGCUUCCAUUUCAGCCAUAUAAGCUUAUAUAUGCCUAUAUGCUUGCUGAAGUGGGAAAGGUUUCAGAUUCAUUGAAGUACUGUCAAGCAGCACUGAAGUCCUUGAAAACUGGCCGCAAUCCAGAAGUAGAAAUAUGGAAACAAUUGGUAUUGUCUCUUGAAGAGAGGAUUAGAACCCAUCAACAGGGUGGAUAUGCUGCAAAUUUGGCUCCUGCUAAAUUAGUGGGCAAAUUGCUAAACUUUUUUGAUAGUACUGCACAUAAAGUUGUUGGUGGUUUGCCCCCACCUGCUCCAUCAUCAUCGCAAGGAACCUUUCAUGGAAAUGAACAACAUCACUACUCUGUGGCACAUAGAGUAUCCAGUAGCCAAUCAACAAUGGCCAUGUCAUCCUUAGUUCCAUCUGCUUCAAUGGAACCCAUAAGUGAGUGGACAACUGACAGUAAUAGAAUGACAAUGUCUAACAGAAGUGUUUCAGAGCCAGACUUUGGUAGAAGCCCCAGACAGGAAACAUCAUCUGAUUCACAAGGAGAGGUAGUAUCAGGGGGCACGUCUCGCUUUUCUCGUUUUGGUUUUGGCUCCCAACUUCUGCAAAAGACGAUGGGGUUAGUCUUGAGGCCUCGUUCUGGCAAACAGGCUAAAUUGGGAGAAAAGAACAAGUUUUACUAUGACGAAAAACUGAAGAGAUGGGUAGAGGAAGGUGCUGAACCUCCUGCUGAAGAAACAGCACUGCCACCACCUCCAACAACUGCUGUUUUGCAAAAUGGUUCAACUGAAUACAACUUGAAAUCUGCAUUGAAGACAGAAGCAUCAUCUGUCAAUGGAGGCUCUGAUUCAAUACAUUCGAGUCCCGAACUUACUCCAGGGAUGCCACCAAUCCCACCUAGCACAAAUCAAUUCUCUGCACGUUCCCGCAUGGGUGUUAGGUCAAGGUACGUUGACACCUUCAACCAAGGAGGUGGAAGCACUGCAAACUUUUUUCAGACAUCACCUAUUACUUCUCCCAAACCUGCUCUUGCUGCCAGUGCAAAGUUUUUCAUUCCUUCUCCUGUACCAUCGUUAAAUGAUCAGACCAUGACGGGUAUAGCAGAAAGCAAUCAAGGAGAUAGCUUCGGCAAUGAAAAUCCUGCUACAUCUCCAAGGAGUGAUAGGCCACAACCCCUCAGUCCCAAGCCUCCAUUGCCCCCGCAAAGGAUUUCGAGUAUGGGUCACAUCUCAAACCAGCUAGCAAUGACGAAUGGUGGUAACCCUGGUUUCCUUCAACGGCGAACAGCUUCAUGGGAUGCUGGUGCUGGCAAUCCAUUUAGCCCGAGAAAAAAGGGUAACAAUAGGCCUCUAGGUGAAGUUUUGGGAAUGCCACCAUCAACAUUUAUGCCUAACGAGUACAAUUCUCCGAGGAGCAUGCCUACCAGCCCUCUUCCAAAGAAUGGCAGUGGCAGUUUCGGAGAUCUCCAGGAUGUUGAACUUUGAGAAGAUAAUUCAGCUGUAAAUAUCAAAUUUUGUUCGUGAUUAAGUCAUCGUUGGGAUGUCCCUAAUGCAUUUCUUUGGUCUCAGGAUGGUGAUACAAGAUCUCUUCCCCUGUCCCACUGUUCUAUAAUACAUACGUAGGUGUUUUUAUAUAUAUAAAAAGAAUGCAAAGGUCACCCAUCUUAGCUUUAAGAUACCGGUGGUCUCUUAGUAAGGGAUAGAUAGCAUAGUUCAUUUGUUCAUUUUAUUAAAAACAACAAAUACAAUGUAUCCUACAAGAAAAAGAUGGCCCUCAACAUGGAAUUGUGAAAUAUGAGUUUUGGCCCUUUGUAACUUUUUCGGUUAUUAAUGGA